AUGAUAAGGGCUGUAAUGGUGAGGUGUUACCUGCUCUGUUUACUAACUCUUGUUGUGUGUUGUGCUUCUGGGUUAGUAUGGGCUGAUAGUCUUAAAGCUCCUGACGCCGGUACCUGUGUUCCAUUUAUUGGUGUUCCCUUUUUUAUCGUUAAGAAUCCUUUUUGCGAUAAGUCUCGUAAUGCUAGUGAGGAACCUCAACCUACAGAAAGUGGUUCAGGUAAACCUGGGCACAUUAACCCAGUUAGUUCCCUUGAGUCUGCAGAAGGCCAGGAUAUACAAGUACCUGAAGAGCAUCCCACUCAAGGUUCUCGAGUUCCUGAUGGACAAGAGUCAGGUGAAGGUCCAUCUGAAUCAAUACAAGCCAGUGGAGAGAACCCAACAGUCUCAUCACCUGCAACUAACGGUAGCGACAAUACGAUAACACAUGAGAACACAUCACCACUGCAAGAACAAGAAGGAGAUGCAACCACUCAGAGUUCACAAGUUGCAACCAACACUGAUGAGUCACAAGAGGCAGGAAACACACACUCAACAACAACCUCUGCCACUCCCAACAUACCCAAUAAUGAAGAAUCAACCACCACCACUACUACUACUACUACCACAACAACAACACUUCCUCCUGAACCCACAAACAACAAGAAGGGUGAUGCAGACAGCAGCAGCAGUAUCAGCAGUUCUGUGUGGGUGCGUGGACCACUACUGAUUGUGGUUACACUGGCCUGUAUUCUUGUGUGCUGA